AAUUUAAUCGUGUUUUUAGUUUCAUAUUAGCGCUUGAAUCAGUUAGUCGAUCGUACCUUGAAGUGAAUAAUAGUAAAAUGAAGCACGUAAAUUUGCUGUGUACAGUAAUUAACUAAUUACCCUGCUAGUGCAUUAGUGAUCUCGUGAGUGAUAUCGACUUUUCGAAGAAAACAUUGCAGUGACAGUAACGCAGUUUCUGAAAAUAAGUGCUGAAGAAAUGAUUUUGUUUGCCAUCUUUACAUUGUUGCUUAUUCUACCAUCUGGAAUGAAUGCAGAAAAAAAUGAAUGCAGAGGCGUAGCAUGUCCAACGCCGGAACCAUGUCCAGUAGACAGUUACCCAAAGGCAGUAAACAGUCAUUUUACGGGCUUCUAUCCUGAUGUUUUGAAAGGUGCUGGAAAUGCAGUCCGCAAUGAGCGUGCUAUCGAAUACAACGGAUUACACCGUGGAUCCACAAACGUUAGUUCAAACACUAAGGAUCGAACUAGACAUAGACGUAGUGUUAUUGAAGAUGAAUUGCUAAUCCAGUAUUGUUGUCCUCGCUACGAAUGUGCCUGCAAACCAAACUACUGCGACCAGAAAUGUUCUCCCAAACAAACACCGUUGAAUUUAACUAGUCCCACCGAUUACAAGGACAUACAGUACGGAGUUCCUGGUAAUUGCUGUUUUCCCUGCAAGGAAAAUUACUGUCUUCAUCCCACUUUCCGAAGACAUGGUGCAACAUGGCACAGUGACGAUUGCACCACCUGUGUGUGUCUGUAUGGUGAAGUGAAAUGUCAGCAAUCAUCUUGUAAGGCACCAAAUUGUGUCGCAUAUAAGCUCAUACCGGGUGAAUGCUGUCCUGUUUGUGAUAGCGACGCUUCGAAUUUUUGUAAACAUGUGGGGAAUUGUGACAUUCAUUGUAAAUAUGGAUAUGCCCGACAAGGAGACUGCGAUCUCUGUGAAUGUAUUCGGAUAUCCAAACAUCAUCCAAUAGUCGAAACAGAUAUCAGCAAAACUGAACGAAAUUUUUCAAUUUCAAAUCAUACCAUUAGCAAAGACAAUACUAUUGAAAAACCACAUCAGCAACAUACUCAUAAAUCAAACAGCAACCCUUUUAGUACAAUCCAGUUCUGGAUCCUGGUGCUGACUAAUCUCGUAGCUGUUCUAGUAUUGAUACUUCUUAUAGUAUGGUGUUGUCAUUUUCGUAAAAGCGCCAAGUAUAGUACAGUUCAAGUAGCGUGAGCUUUAUAUAAAGUCAUCAUACAUAUAAUUGAACAAAUUAUAAUGUGGUGUUAUAAUGCACUGAAAUAAUUAUUAUCUUUAUUAUUAUCAUGAUAUGAUAUGUUCUGCUUCCCUAAGAUUGUUGUCAAUAAUUAUAUUGUUAAUGAUAAAAAGAAACAUAUUUUCGAAAUUCUUAAACCUGGAGUCUGAAUAGCACGAAAAAGUCAAGGAAAAUGUCUUCCGAACAUGAUGAAGAAAAAUGUGGGUCUGUAAUAAAAAGUAAUAACUAUUACUGAGUAGCAACUAUUGUUAUAAUACAUCAAUGAUUACUAUCAAUCAAAAUAAGUUUUGAAUAUUGUGAUAAAUUGUAUAUAAAAGACAUAAACAUGCAAUCAAUAAGUUUUUAAAAUGAAAACUGUUUACCAUACUGUUAUCGUUGGCAUAGAUGCUGAAUAUAUUUGCGAUAGUUAUUUACAUAUGUCUUAAGUUAUGUGUACUAGAUAAAAAAAUGUUCAUUUUGUUUAAGUCAGACUGUUUUACACAAAAAUAAAGUAUAUUUAGUUAAAAGUAUUUUGUUAAACAAUUGAACAAAGCACAACUGAUAAUAUAAAAACAAAAUUAUCACGAUUGUAAUAAAAAACGAAAAUCGAUGUUUGUAAUCAAUUACCGCCGAUAGUUUAAGAUUUUUUAGUCGUACUUUAUUUAAAUAAUGAAAAGUAUUAUUUAUUAUUGUUUUGUUGACUUUGUAAAAGCCGUUGAGAUUGCUAGAUGCAAAACAAAGAAACAUGAAUAUUACCUUAAUUGUUGAAAAUCAAAUGCAGAAAUCAAUAAUUCUGAAUGAAUGAUUUUAAAUCCCAAGAAUAAAAAAUAACAAAAGCAAAGCAAUCCCACUGAAAUCAAAAUAAAAUUUAAAUUUUAUGAAUACUGAUAGCAGUUGCUUUUGUUGUACAUUGUCUGCAAACUAUGGCUUUUCCUAUUGAUCCAAAUUAUUCCAAUUCCAAUGUAUUAAGCAGUCUAAUGUAUCGUGUCUACUAUCUGAUUGUUCAGCAAUAGAUGUCUGCUAUUGCAAUUGAAUGUUUCAACAAUUAAUUUGAUUACAAAAAUGACUAACUAUAGACAUAUCAACCUUCUCACGCCUCGCUUGACACAUAUAAAUCAAAGGAUAUUAAAUAUUUUGAGUUGUUACAAAUAAGAAAUGAGCUAUAUUCAUGUGAACAAUGAUCAAGUAAAAUAUAUCUAUUCUUCUCAAUAAAAUCAAUACUAUUUCCGGGCAAAUUAUAAUUAUUUUCAAAAAAUACGGCAUUGCAUUCAAUUGUAACAAGGAUUUGUAAUAAUGUCUCCUAAAGCAUAAAGCAAAGCAAAAUAUUAAAAAUAAGCUGCUACAAAAGAGUCGAAUGUUUAUCAUGUUUUAUGCGACAAAAUUAAUAACUAAGCAAAAUAUAUGUGCAUGCAGUAAAAUCAACUAGCGACAUCGUAAUACAAAAUAUACUGUAAAUAAAUAAAUAAAUAAAAAACAAUGGGCAUCGA